AUGUCAUUUCAAGAAUUUAUACGAAAGUUAAACAAAAAACUGCAACAUUUCAAUAGAAUUACUUUAAAUAUUAUACCAACUUCAAUAUUAAAGUGGAGAAUAACUGAUCUAAUAUUGCUCGUUGUUCUAAUUUUUACGUUUUUCAUAGUAUAUAAUGAUAAACCAUUUCAUAGACAAUUUUAUCUUGAUGAUAAAACAAUUCAACAUCCAUUUGCAGAGAGAGAGACUGUUAAUACUGCUGAAUUAUUUAUAUAUUCUACUUGGAUUCCAUUGGUUAUCACAUUUGCUGUUUCUUUGGUACUCACAACUACAAAAUAUAAAGUAUAUAACACAUAUGUUGCUUGUUUGGGAUUAAUAUUGAGCGUAUUAAUAACAUCCAUUACUACAGAUAUAUUGAAGAAUUGGAUAGGUAGAUUAAGACCAGAUUUUUUGGAAAGAUGUAUACCCAAAGAAGGUACUCCAUUAGAUAAGUUGGUAUCAAUUGAAGUUUGUACGAAUGAAGAUUUGGGAAUGUUGGAAGAUGGUUUCAGAACAACACCAUCUGGACACUCAUCAAUAAGUUUUGCUGGUUUAACUUAUUUAGCAUUAUUUUUAAUAGGUCAAUUACAAGCAACAAAUACCUGGUGUGGAAGUUGGAGAUUUUUAAUUGGUGGAUUUGCUCCUAUGUUGAUGGCUAGUUUUAUUGCAUUGAGUAGGACACAAGAUUAUAGACACCAUUUUAUCGAUGUAUUUGUUGGGUCAUUAUUGGGAUUUAGUAUUGGUUGCUGGUCUUAUUUCAGAUUGUUUCCUUGGGUUGGUGAUUCCCAAAGUUAUUAUAACAAAAUACUUAUCGAAGAAGAGAAGAAAAUUGAAAACAAAGAGGCUAAUACGGAUGCAUUUGUUGUCGAUGGUGAUGAGAACUCAGACUAUACCAGAUUGACCAAUGUGUAG